CGGCUACACUAGGCCGAUCCUGUGGUGUUGAGCAGCUGGCCUGGGAGGCACUGCGCGUGCAGCAGUGGUCGGGCUUGCUGCAGCGAUCCGCCUGGGCCCUGGGAAGCAGUGUGCAGCAGCGAUCCGGCUUGGCCAUGGCAGCAGCGCCUCUGAAAGUGUGCAUCGUGGGCUCGGGGAACUGGGGAUCAGCUGUUGCGAAAAUAAUUGGAAAUAAUGUAAAGAGCCUGCAGAAGUUUGCCUCCACGGUCAAGAUGUGGGUGUUUGAAGAGACCGUUAACGGGAGGAAGCUGACAGACAUUAUCAACAAUGACCACGAAAACGUGAAAUACCUCCCCGGACACAAGCUGCCGGAGAAUGUGGUCGCUGUCCCGAAUCUCAGUGAGGCUGUGCAGGACGCAGACCUGCUAGUGUUUGUCAUCCCCCACCAGUUCAUUCACAAGAUCUGCGAUGAGAUCACGGGCAGGGUACCCAAGAAAGCCCUGGGCAUCACGCUCAUCAAGGGCAUAGAUGAGGGCCCUGAAGGGCUGAGACUCAUCUCUGACAUCAUCAGGGAGAAGAUGGACAUUGACAUCAGUGUGCUGAUGGGAGCCAACAUCGCCAGUGAGGUGGCUGCCGAGAAGUUCUGUGAGACCACCAUUGGCAGCAAAGUGAUGCAGAACGGCCUUCUCUUCAAAGAGCUGCUGCAGACACCCAACUUCCGAAUCACUGUGGUAGACGAUGCUGACACUGUGGAGCUCUGUGGUGCCCUAAAGAACAUUGUUGCUGUAGGAGCCGGCUUCUGCGAUGGCCUCCGCUGUGGGGACAACACCAAGGCUGCUGUCAUCCGCUUAGGACUCAUGGAAAUGAUCGCUUUCGCCAAGAUCUUUUGUAAGGGCCAGGUGUCCACGGCCACCUUCUUGGAGAGCUGUGGGGUAGCUGACCUCAUCACCACCUGCUAUGGAGGGCGGAACAGGAAGGUGGCAGAGGCCUUCGCCAGGACCGGAAAGACCAUUGAAGAACUGGAGAAGGAGAUGCUGAAUGGGCAGAAGCUCCAGGGACCACAGACCUCCGCUGAGGUGUACCGCAUCCUCAAGCAGAAGGGGCUACUUGACAAGUUUCCACUCUUCACAGCAGUGUACCAGAUCUGCUAUGAAGGCAAGCCUGUCACAGAGAUGCUGUCCUGCCUGCAGAGCCACCCGGAGCACAUCUGAAAGGAACUGGGCAGCCAAUAGGGAACAGCCUUGCCUGUUGUGGUGUCACCCAGAAAACCAAGGCUUGGCAGUGAGA